ACAAUGUCGACAAAAUAAAAUCAUCUUAACUGCAUCUUGGAUUGCGUUUUGAUAAACUGGCGAGUCAACAAGGAUUCCCUUAUUCAGCUGCUCAGCGACUUUGUUUGACAGUCGCUAACAUUUGUCAGCAAAAAAGAACAACAACGGAGUUUUUCACACAGCUGGAACAACGCGAGCCCACACACUACCGCCACUACACCUAUAAAAGAGGAUCGCUCAGAGAAGUAAAAGACGACAGUGCUGCUGUCUGUGGUUUUCCUCCUCCUGGUUCCUAUGAUGAGCCGCUGCUCAAAACUCGCCCUCCCUCUGGACUGCAGUGAUGUUCAUGAAAAAAAUUCCAGUGUACCCAGCGGAGUUUACACCAUCUAUCCCAUUGGAGCCACGUCUGCUGUCCAGGUGUACUGUGACAUGGACUCUCUGGAAGGAAAGUGGACUGUGUUCCAGAGAAGGAUGGAUGGCUCAGUUAACUUCUAUCGGCCCUGGGAGGAGUACAAGAUGGGCUUUGGGAACGCUGCUGGAGAGUACUGGCUUGGUCUUGAGAGUCUCUUCCACCUCACUCAGAGGAAAAACUACCAGCUGCUGGUCGACAUGGAGGACUUUGAAGGAAAAAAGGUGUAUGCACGUUACUCCACGUUCUCCAUCGAUUCUGAAUCAAAUGGCUACAGACUGCAUGUGUCUGGAUUCACUGAUGGAGGUGCAGGAGACUCUCUGACGUAUCACAGCGAACAGAAAUUCCUCACGUUUGACCUUCCCGAGGGAAGCUGUGCCAGAUCGUACCUUGGAGCAUUCUGGUACAAAACGUGUCACUAUGCCAACCCUAACGGUGUCUACCUGUGGGGCGCUCACAACCUUUUCCGAGCUGUGGGAGUAGAGUGGUUUCACUGGAAGGGCUAUGAGUAUUCCCUGAAGGCCAUCAGCAUGAAGAUCCACCCUGUUCAGUAAAUCAGUUUAUCAAUUUAUAACAUAUAUUUCACGUAGAGCUUUACCUGACCAUGGUCAUAGAGCAAGCAGAUGGUGGGAUCUGAUAUUUUUAUUUUGUGUCUGUAUUCUCUGUGCAAAGGGUUGGUUUUUAUAGUUUCUUUGUUUAAACCCUGGAAAAUAUUGCAGUUGACCUGUAAAAAGUUGCAGUUUUUAUAUAAAAAGGGUAAUGCAAAUAAAAUUGAAUAAACUAAUUGAUUGAA